AUGUCAUCCUCUACAAGUACCCUGUCGGACCCCCAGGAAUAUCAAAAGAUCUUCCACUGGGCGGAAACCCAGAAGGAUGGUGCCAUUCCUUCCUUUAGCACACGGCGAAACGAUCCAUAUGAGUAUCAAUCCGGCUUCGGAAACUCGUUUAUGUCCGAGGCGGUGCCAGGAACUAUUCCCCACGGCCAGAAUAGCCCUCGCAACGUUCGCUUCGGGCUGUAUGCAGAACAGAUCACCGCUACGGCCUUUGUAGCACCGCGACAUGCCAACAAAAAGGCUUGGCUAUACCGUGCUCGUCCUGCCGUGGCUCACCAAGGAUUUACGGAUCUCCCCGACAACAAAGACACCGAGUCGAACUUCUUGCCACUCAACCCCCGAGUUCAUGUAUCACCCACUCAGUUGGCCUGGCACCCCUUUGAGAUCCCCAGCGGGGAGGAGGUGGAUUUUGUCUCUGGCCUAAAGACGGUCGCUGGCUCGGGAGACCCGACUCUCCGGGAGGGUUUAGCCACCCAUGUAUACGCUGCGAAUACCAGCAUGACUAAAAAGGCCUUUGUAAACUCGGACGGUGAAUUCCUAAUCCUUCCCCAGCAAGGCGCGCUGGAUAUCCAGACAGAAUUCGGCCCGCUGUUUGUCCAGCCGGGAGAGCUUGUUGUCAUUCAAAGGGGGCUGCGUUUCCGCGUCGAAUUGCCGGACGGGCCUUCGCGAGGCUAUAUCCUUGAAGUCUGGGGCACGCACUACGAGCUGCCCGAACUGGGACCGCUCGGGGCUAACGGACUCGCCAAUCCUCGAGAUUUCCUGUCGCCCGUUGCUCGAUACGAGAUUGCUCAGGAGCCGUGGGAAAUUAUCUACAAGCUGGGAGGAAAGUUUUUCAGCAGCAGGCAAAACCAUAGUCCGUUUGACGUCGUUGCCUGGCAUGGCAACUAUGUCCCUUACAAAUAUGACCUGACCAAGUUUGUCAACGUCGGCUCCAUCUCAGUCGAUCACAUCGAUCCCUCCAUUUUCUGCGUGCUUACCGCCAAAUCCCGGGAUCUGACGGCGCCUCUGGCCGAUUUGCUCAUCUUCUCUCCUAGAUGGGAUGUUGCAUCGCACACCUACCGGCCGCCUUACUACCACCGGAACGUAGCAUCCGAACUGAUGGGUCUCAUCUACGGAGAAUAUGGCGGCCGAUCGGACGCCUUCAAGCCAGGAAGUAUCUCUUUCGAAUGUGGUAUGGUGCCCCAUGGCGUCGCCUAUGAGGAGUUCAAAGUUGCGUCGGAGAACCCGCCGCCGGUCGCGCGCAUCUCCGAGGCUUCGAUCGCCUUCAUGUUCGAGUCGAGUCGCCCGUUCACUAUCACCGAUUAUGCAUGGAACAGCAACAAGCGACAUGAGCACGAGCCGAAGAUGUGGGACAGCCUGGUGGAUAACUUCUCCAAGUAUAAGGACGAGGUCGAGGAAAUUCUGGCGCGCAAGGCCAAGGGGCUGAGGAUUUGA